AUGUCUCUCUUGAGCGAAGACGUUGCUGCUGAAAACUACCGUGUGGUGCUCCCACCAGCUGGUGGACACGUAGUUAUACGACCGGUUAUGAUUCUGCAGCUGCAAGGUUUUGACGGAAGUGAUGCACUGUACGAAACCUUUAACUUCUUCUCUGUCAACACCUGGUCCUCAAUGCUCUCGCGAGACAUCGGGAAUUUUGGAAAUCAUGGCCAGCGAACUCCUUCCAUAAUCCUCACACGAGACGUUAUCUCCUCCAAUGAUGAAUCCUCGUCCGACAUGGCGUCAUCCACAUUUCAAGGCAUUGUUUCAGCUGGUUCUUACUCCAAGUCAAUGGACAGUGGUAAGAAAUUGCUGGACGCCGUAUGGACUGCCAAUUUACACUGCAACAUCGCAAAACAUGGUCAAGACUUAUUCUUCAUUUAUGUUCACGACCAGAGUAUAGCACAAUUGGAGCUGGAUCACAAGACUUGUCAGGUUACUAUCUGGACGGCGCCAGCCACAAAACAAAGAACUAUUCUCGGCCAAAUUUCUAAACAGGGCCAUCAUCCGCGCGCAUGCCAUUUGCUAUCUGAUCCUCAUGAACGCCCUCAAUUGCAUACGUUGCACAAGAGAGAUACUGUUCGCAUAACUAUUUAA